GUCCUUCCAGCGGUGCACCUGAUCUUACUGAUGCCUCGAGGGGGUUGUUUGCCAUGGCCGGUUCCAAAUCUUUGGGCUUUGCUAUGAGCCUAUCCUUCUCGUGUUGUGUGCUCUGGCUAUUGAGGGGACCUUCCGUCCGUCCUUCAUAUCAUCCAUGGAUUGAGGUUUGGCUUGUUGACACCUGACUUGGCCCGUGCACGACACGGGGGCGCAAACAUUUUACUUGCUGAAGCGACAGGGCUUCACAAUGGGUUGCUUAACACUUGGAUGGCGUCUUCACGCGGGGCCGAUGAAGAGGUCACCACCUGUGCUUUUGGACAGAAAGGGGACAGCAUUCUGUCGUGUGCACAUUUGCAGUGGCUGGAUAUCAGCAGGCCCAGCCAACAUGUUUCCACGCUGCUUCUCAAGAACAGGAGGGGCGUUCCACUGGCAAGCUUGUGGCGCCAGCAUCGCGAAUGGCUCACCACAUUGACCAGCUGCGGAUGGCAGGAUGCCUUUGCUGACUACAGACUGUCGUGGGCAGCCAUGCCUACAGUGAAAGACCUCGCUUGUUGGGAUGCCAAUUUCACGCCCAUUCCGUUCACAGUCGCAUUCCAGCUGACACCUUCAAGCAAUCAGAGCGUGGCGGUACAGAGCCACUUUUCUCUUCAGUUUUUACGCUUGUACAGCGCUGUGGUUCCUCUCGAGAGAGCAGCGAUUUGAGUUGUACCCACCGGGAAGAUCAACAGCUUUGCCGAAUUUUCCACAGACCCAGUUUGCAGUGGCACAUUGUCAUUGGCAGCAACUCCUCUGGCUGCGCUCGCCAACAUUGGGUUGUUCUCAUGGAAUACAGGGCAAUGUGCUACGUGGUGUUGAUAACAUUUGCUGCCGGCUGCAGUCCUUUUCUGUUCCAACUAAGAGGGCUGUCAACGUGAUGGUGGCAGCCCCGCUCAGCGUCAAAAUGCAGGAUGGCUGUGCAAUUCAGUGGCUGAUUCCAACAAAGGGGGCCAUUUGGGGCGAAACCCAGCACAACAAUUGUUGGGACAGUACUUUCAUUCCACCCCGGGCUUCUCGCUUGCUUCCGCCACCGGGCCGAGGCUGCCAGACAUUCUGAAAAGGUGCGAAAAG